AUGUCAGUUGCUGUGGAAACUACCGUGUCCAGGGUGCCUCUCCCUCUCCCGACCCACUUAUCCGAUGCAGAGCAGUCCUUCUCCCUGAAGAAGCGCCGGCUCCCGUUUUCCUCAUCACCCAUGGCCGAAUCGCCCUGCUCUUCUCCUGCUCGACUCUCGUAUUUUCUCCCUCCACUGCCACCGUCCAAGGGGUGCCCCUCUCUGAGUCGGAUGUUCUCUCAGCAUCCAUCUCCAUGGACGCCACUGUCUAACUCUCUCAGCAAAUCUCCACCUCCAAAUUCGGUCUAUGAUCCCAGUAAACACAAAUCCUAUUUCAGUCAGUGCUUUACUAAUUUGGGCCUCUUGGGAAGAGGAUCCUUUGGAGAGGUCUAUAAGGUGCAAAGUAACAAAGACGGCCGCCUGUAUGCUGUGAAGCGCUCCGCUCACCGCUUCAGAGGUAGCAAUGACAGAAAUCAGAGUGUGAGGGAAGCCAGAAACCAUGAGCGCGUUUGUCCUCACGCUCACAUCCUGGACUUUGUGGCAGCAUGGGAGGAGAAUGGCCGACUUUACAUUCAGACAGAACUGUGUAGCACCAGUUUGCUGUUUCAUGCUGAGAACAAGCCUCCUGGUCCAGAUGAGCCUGCAGCAUGGGCAUACCUGUGCGACCUCCUCUCUGCUCUGCAGCACCUGCAUUCUCAUGGUUUUGUGCAUCUGGACCUAAAGCCCGCCAAUGUCCUCAUCACCGACUCUGGCCGUCUCAAGCUUGGGGACUUUGGCCUCUUGAUGGAAAUCAAGCAGACGAGCAAAGAGCACUCAAAGGGGAAAGCAAAGGAGGACGCUCAGGAGGGUGAUCCUAGAUACAUGGCGCCCGAGCUGCUUCGCGGGGAAUAUGGACCUGCUGCAGAUGUGUUUAGUUUGGGUGUUUCCAUUCUGGAGCUGGCCUGUAAUAUCGAGGUGCCAAACGGCGGUGAGGGAUGGCAGCAGCUCAGACAGGGUCACCUGCCCUCAAAGUUCACCAACGGCUUGUCUGUUGAGCUGCAGUCAGUCCUGCGGAUGAUGUUGACCCCAGAACCAUCAGAGAGACCAACAGUCUCUGAGCUUCUUGCUCUUCCUUUUGUUAAAAAGCACAGGUGGAAAAGGCGCAUUCAUCUCAUGAUUGCAGAGGCUAUGCUAACACUGAUCUCCUUGUGCCAAUUGGUGGCGUGCUUUGGAUGUAGACUCCUUUCAUCAUUUCACAUAUCCUUCCUCUCACGUUGGACCAAACCUUUGCCCUGCACUCCUCCUAAGGGCAGCUGGGACAGGGAUGCAACUCUCAGUACCAUGCAUACUGACCCGGAGAGUCUUGAGGAUGUUGAUGUUUUUCUGCAUCACCCAGAACCAUCACCUACUUUUUCACACAGGCUCAGAUCCAGACUGGAAAUCACCUCUACUCCUCUCCCAAGUUCCCCCAUAAACUAUCGCCGAAGUCCUUCACAUACACCCACUCACUCAAGUCUGUGUGACUGGUCUGUGUUGGCUCCAACCCCUUCUAGUAUCCAUUCAGACAGCUCCUGCCACACACUCACACCC